CCCCUGGUUGCUCCGGUCGUUGCCUAGUAACCGCUCCCGCCUUUCCAAAAAUGGCGACGUGUCUUCUUCUUAAACUUUUCAUCGGGAAGUGUCUGUAACAAACAUCCUGCCAUGGCAACCACGCGGACCUGCGUCCUUCUCUUCGUCCUUUCUGCGACUUUAGCGGAAGAAGACGUUAAAUUAAAAUACAAAGCACCAACCAAACCUGUCCGGCUGUUCACCGAGGAGGAGCUGAGGAGAUACGACGGCAGCCAGGAGGGGCAGCCGAUUUAUAUGGCAGUAAAAGGAGUGGUGUUUGAUGUCACUAAGGGAAAAGAGUUUUACGGAAAAGAUGCACCCUACAAUGCCCUGGUCGGCAAGGACUCUACCCGGGCUGUAGCUAAGAUGUCCCUGGACCCGGCGGACCUGACAUCAGAUACUACCGGCCUCACUGAAGAGCAGCUGAAGUCUCUGGACAGCGUGUUUGAAGGCACGUACAAAUCAAAGUAUCCCAUCGUGGGUUACACGGCGUCGCGAAUCCUCAACGAGGACGGGAGCCCCAACAAAGACUUCAGACCGGAGGACCAGCCUCAUUUUCGAAUCAAAGAUGAGUUUUAAUCUCAUUUUACCUCUUUGUAGAACGUUGUUUUAAACAACUUAGCCUUUUGGAUCAUCUCUCUUUACCUGACUAGAAUCAAACGAACAAAUGAACUUGAAGGAAUUUUAUUUUUAUUCACUUGGACUAAGUGUUUCACUUUAUCUUUUAGAGCUUUAAGCUUGCAGGGAAUGCAGAUAAAACGAACUCUGGUCUGAAGGCUAAUUAUAUCUGAUAUGUUUUCCAUAAAAACUUAAUUACUGACUCCACAGUCGACUCCAAACUAAUUGUGAUGUCAGAGAUUUAAGGUGAACAGUCAAACUCUCCCAUCUUCAACAUAAAGUACAUAUGGAAACAUGCUCGUGCAUCAUUCUGCACAGUCAGGCUGAAAUGUUGAAAAUGAAGUCAUGAAAUACAGAUUUAGCUUUAGCCUGAUGUACAGCCACUGUGCAGGAGACGUGGUCACAGUGGAAGUCCACACUUGUCAGAGCAAUAAUGCAACAAAUGAACCGAAACACAAAGAAAGACACAAAAAAGUCAAAUUAAAAAUCAUCUACCUGUUUAGAAAGGAGGCACUGAGCCGACAGACCAGAUCCAGUAAACGCACUCACAUCGCCUUGAAUUAGAUUUUAGUAGAUCUGCUGCUAACGAGAGUUACGCCUUUUGAAAGUGAUGAAUAACUUCAUCGUUUAGUCGAGUGUGUUCAAAUGUCUCAUUCUGUCCAAACCCUCCAAAUAUGAAUCAGUCAGAAGCUGCAGCUUCAUGCUUUAAAUGUUAUUAUCAAAACUGCCUGUCAAUCAUCUUCCAGUAAUUGAUUUUCAUAUAAAACGUUGUCAUUAAAUGCACCGAUUGUUACUGUAAUUAAAACCAGUGUGAAUGUUUACAUGAUCAGAAUCAGUCACCAUCCUGUUUUUGUACAAUUAUCAUUAAAGUGUGUAAAUAUGAAACUCCUCA